UUCCUCAAUACGGAAUACUCUGGAACUUUCGUCCCUAUAUAUUUCUUCCUCCAAGUCUCCCAGGAUAUUUUCUCUCUGCAAGCCAAUAAAACUACCAUUAACCUCAACCUCCUAAACGCAAAUCGCAAGGAGUUUUGUUCUCUGUCACUGUUGUUUCUCUCUUCUUUUGCCCCUCCGCUCGGGCGUUUCUUGUUUUCGUGGGUUUUUCUUUUUCGUUUUCAACCUAUGGUGGGAUUUUAAGGAAGCGUUCGGUUGUCCUCUCUCUUUUCUUUUUUCUUGGUUCUUGAAGAAGUAGUUAAACAGAGGGAGAGAAGGGAGUAACUCGGGAAUGGAUCGAGAAGGAGGAUCCAACGGCGGAUCUUGCUACUACUCUGUUCUCGGGAUUCGCAAGGACGCCUCCUUCUCCGAUAUCCGCACUGCAUAUCGCAAUCUCGCCCUGAAAUGGCACCCUGACAGAUACGUUAGAAACCCUGCGCUAGCCGGUAAGGCCAAACGCCGGUUCCAGCAAAUCCAAGAGGCUUACUCGGUUCUUUCCAACGAGAGCAAAAGGUCAAUUUACGAUGCCGGGCUCUACGAUCCUCUCGACGAAGAAGACGAAGACUUCUGCGACUUCAUGCAAGAGAUGCUCUCCAUGAUGAACAAUGUGAAAGACGAGGGAGAUAGUUUUGAGGAUCUGCAGAGGAUGUUCGCAGAGAUGGUCGGCGGUGGAGACGGCCGGAACUUUAACCUCAACGAGAAUCCGACGGACAAGAAGAGACCGCGUGUCGACGUUCCAAAGGGUAAUCCUGGCAAGCGCGCCGUAUCUCGCCGUUGACGCCCGCAGCGGAUCAGUCCGUGACGUUAAAAUCUAAUCGCCUGAACUAAAGGGUCUGGUUAGACUGGGAUAAAAGGGACCGGGUCGGUUAUAACGAUGGUAAAUGUAACACUUCUAGUUCGAUGGGCAUUUCUGGAAAUUCACAUGAAUAAGUAAUUGCUUGCCUUUUUUUUUUUUAAUUACUUUUAUGAUAUGCGGUGACUUUAUUUACUGGAUUUUACUGUUUGUUUUUUACUAUAAGCUAUUUACUAUAAGAUAUUUUCAA